UUGUGCUUUUUUCCAAGGUAGGUUGAGGAGUAGUUUAUGUCCCGUUACUAGGCAGCCAUAACGUCUCUGGUUCUUCCGUUAAAACAAACCUCUUCUCCAGCAUGGCUUCAUCAAGUGACAUUCGAGAAAAAGUGCGGAAGAAAAGACGAGCUUUACAGGAGAGUUUGAAACACAAGCACGAGGACGACCUUCAGGCUCUGGUUCCAUCUUCCAACCUGAGUGAGGACAAUCUGGAGAGCGCCAUGAAGCAGGAGCCUCAGGUCAGCGAGGAGGAUCCAGGAGAGACUCUGAAACGAGCGCUCAGAGCUCAGAGACAGAGACGCAGGAGAAAGCUGCUUGAGCAGACCUCCCCCCGUGAUGAUGAUGAAGAUGAAGGCGUGGAGGAGAUCCCGAGCGUUCAGCCCCACAGUGAAGACGAGGGAUCUGCUGACAGAGCGUCUGACUCUGUGGUCUCAUGGAGACCUCCGACUGGCUCUCAGAGAAGUGUCUCCUCCAGAGGGCAGCAGACUGCAGGCUCUCAGCUGCUGGAGAGCUCUGUGACGCGGCGCCUGCAGGAGAAGCUCAGAGCAGCCAGGUCCAGAGGGGAGAGCCUCCAGGAGAGCGAGGCCUCUGUGGAGCUCAGCCGCCUGCAGACCCUCAGAGACAGAGACACCAGGACCAGGUUCGACAGGGAGGUGGAUCCUGAUGGAUCUGAGAGACCCGACGACCCUCUGGCUCUCAGCUCCAGGGUGAAGUUCAGAGAAGCUUCCAGACGAACAGAGACCGGACUACCCACCGCUGAGGAGGCGUACAACUUCUUCACGCUCACAUUCGAGCCGGAUCCACGAGACGGGAACAAGAACAAAGGAAAACCAAGAACAUCUGAAGAGGAGGAGGAAGAGGAGCAGGAGGAGCAGGAGGAGCAGGAGGAAGAGGUGGGAGGUCCAGAGGGGAAUGAAGACCAGAAUGAAGACGCUCCUCUGGUGAGAGAUGGAGAUUUAUUCGUCAUUGAACAAUCCACUCAGGACUUCCUGGAGACGAAGAGAGCCGAGUAUCUCCGCUACGGACAGCGAGUCGAGCAAGAGAGCAAGGUCCUCUUCACGCCCAGCUUCACCUCAGUGGCGGCCCACAUCAAACUCCCCGACAACAUGAAGCCUCGGUACGUGGAGGACGAGGGUCUGUACGUGGGACAGAGACCGCCUGUGUCUCUGAGCAACGAGAACAUUCUGGAGAACAGGAUCCUGCAGAUGGAGGAGGGUAAAAAGUGGUUCGGAGACGACGGCAGGAUCGUGGCUCUGCCUGACCCCAUCAAGGAGUCCUCCACCAGACCCCCCCUCUUCCACAUGGAGGAGGACCUGGACCCUGCUCUGCACACUGUGUACAGGAAGCCGCUGAAGUCUAAGUAUGCGACUCUGUACCUGUCGGGCGCCGCGGACCCUGAGGGGGACUACCAGCUGGAUGUGGAUGUUUCCGGGCUCAUCUUCUCCCACCACCCCCUCUUCAGCCGGGAACAUGUGCUGGGUUCCCGCCUGGCUCAGCUGUACGACCAGUACCUGAGCAGGCAGCGCAACAACCUCUCUGCACACCUCACUGACAAGCUGAAUGGACUCAGGAACGCUCUGAGGAGUAUUCUGGAGGUCCACGGAGGAGAGAGUCUGACGGCGGCCAUGCAGCGGCGGAUCUCUGAGUACAGUCUGGAGGUCAGGAGCACCAGGCAGCUGCGGGACGGCGAGCAGGAGAAGGACCGGGUUCUGCUGAGGAACAUCGUCCGGGUCUGGAAGGAGCUGAAGACCCUCAGAGACUUCCAGAAGUUCACCAACACGCCGUACAAACUCUCCCUCAGGAGGGAGAGCAUGGACCGGGCCUCAGACGAGCACCAGUGUGAGGGAGAGAUCCUGGCUGAGCUGGUGGAGCUGGAGGCGGAGAUGGAGGAGGAUUACCAGAGGAAGCUGGCCGAGUACAAGAAGCAUCUGGAGGAGUGGAAGAUCUGGAGGAGGAAGCAGAAAGCCAAGAAGAAGAGGAAGAAGAAGAAGAAGAAAGACCAGACGCAGGAUGAGACAGAAGAGGAAGAUGAAGACGUGGAGGUGAGCGAAUCAGAGGGGCCCGCUGAGGAAGGGCCCCCCAAACCGGAGCCUCCAGAGAAACCAGACGUUGUCUCCAUAGAGCAGCGCGUCAGAGAGAAAGCCUCCAGGAUCCGCAGGAAACCUGGAGAACCGGUCCUGAUCCCAGAGCUGUCGGCGUCCGGAAACAUCACGGCCAGCGAAGUCUGCAAGAG